AGGAGAAAGAGCUUGCAUUUCUGUAAGGUUAAAAUGUGGUAAUGGCGUUCGCGUGAUGCACAAUGCAAUGAAAUUAAAAAGUUGGUAGGUUAAACCAUUAAAGCCCAAGCCCAUUUCCCUGAGACUAUGGAAGCCCACUCUAGGAUCACUAUGUCUUGCUCUUCCGUUUCACUUUAUAGCAACUCUUGCGGAAGGGGUUAGAGUGUUUGCAUGCAAAUAAUAAUAAUAACCUAAUUACUUGUUUAAAAGUUAAAAGUUAAAAGUUAAAAGUUAAACCCCUUUCCUUCUCUUCACACACACUCUUGCAAAUCACAGCUAGUCAGCUAUGUUGUCACGAAUGCGAGUUCUUCGCUCAAAACGAGUCGGUGAAUUCUUACUGAGUUUCUGUCGUCAUCGCUUUCUCUGCACCAAUCUUAAUCCUCCUGCAGCCGCCUCCUCACUUCGCAUCGGGAGCUACCUCAAAUAUGCCGCCGUUUCUGCACUCACCGGAUCCACCGCCUUCACUGCUUACGUCUCCUACGGUUCAAGUGAAGUUUAUUUUGUGUUCACCAGCUUACAGUUUAGAUGAAAUUGAAGAGAAAACAAAAUCGAUUCGUGAAUCCGCCAAGUACACUACUGCUUCUGGUGCUGGCGAUAAUGAAUGUACAGCUCUUGGCAAAUUUCAACACGAGUUAUAUUCAACUGCAAUCUCAGGUUCACAUCACUUGUCUCGAAUUAAUGUUUUGCCUACUAAAGCAAUAGAGCUUUAUUUGGAAAAAAGAACCCUAAUUGAAGGAAUUAUUCGAAGUUAUACCGAGCCAUGGAAAGAUAAACUCCUCCCUGACUUGUCUCCUGAUGAAGGAAAACAUGUGUAUACACUUGUUCUAGAUCUUGACGAGACAUUAAUUUACUAUGAGUGGAUGCGAUUAGAUUGGUGGGAGCCAGUCAAGAGACCUGGAGUUGUUGAUUUCUUGGAACAUCUAUCUGGCCUCUAUGAAAUUGUGGUGUAUACAGAUGCGGAAAAUCAAGGGCAUGUAAAAAAAGUAAUAAAUAGGCUAGAUCCCACUAAAAGAUGCAUUAGAUAUACCUUAUCAAGGGUAGCUACUAAGUAUCGAGAUGGAAAACACUUUAGAGAUCUUUCAAAACUAAACAGAGAUCCAGCUAAAGUUAUUUAUUUAAGUGCCCACGCUUUGGAAAAUUGUCUUCAACCAGAAAAUUGCGUUCCUAUCAAACCAUGCGAAGGAUUUGAUAAAGAUGACACAACUCUCUUAGAUUUUAUACCAUUUCUCAAGUGUGUUGCCCGUCAGCGUCCAACUGAUAUAAGACCAAUACUACAAUCUUAUAGAGGAUGUGAUAUUCCAACUGAAUUCAUUAAGCGAAAUAAGCGAUCCAAGGAGGAUAAAAGUUAUUGGAGAAAGCUUACGCAAAUGAUUGGUGUAUAGUGGUGAAGAACAAAGAAGAACUAUAUAUAUAUACAUGACUAUGUAGAUUUCAAGAAGGUUUUUAUUGAAUCGAGUUUUAAUUUAUAUAAGAUAUCAAAUUUAUCUUAUUAUUCUUAAUUUCUCUUUUUCAAUGCGUAGAAAUCUAUCUAAAAGAUGUUUAAAUUUAUAGAAUUUAUCAUCAAUGGAAAUUGGAACUUUUUUUUA